AUGGAGACGGCGACAGCGAGCGGUUCAGGGACUGUGACGGCGAAGAGAAAGCCGGUGUUCGUAAAGGUGGACCAACUGCAGCCAAACACGAGCGGCCACACCCUCACGGUGAAGGUGGUGAGCUCGAAGCCGGUCAAGGUGACCAACAAGAACGGCGGCCGACCAUCGUUCUCGUCUCGCCCUCUCCAGCCCUCUCGUAUCGCCGAGUGCCUCGUUGGUGAUGAGACUGGGACCAUUCUCUUCACCGCUCGCAAUGACCAAGUUGACACAAUGAAGCCGGACACUACUGUGAUCCUGCGUAAUGCGAAGAUUGAUAUGUUCAAGGGAACUAUGAGGCUAGCAGUUGACAAAUGGGGACGUGUUGAAGUCACUGAACCAGCUAACUUCCAAGUUAAAGAGGAAAACAAUCUGUCUCUCGUUGAGUACGAAUUGGUUAACGUUGAAGAGUGA